AUGAUCAGCGAGGCCCGCGCCCGAAUUGCGCGUUUCGAUCCAGAACUGAUCGUGUUGUUGGGGCCCGACCAUUACAACGGCUUUUUCUACGACGUUAUGCCGGCGUUUUGUAUAGGCGUAGCCGCCCAUUCAAUUGGUGAUUUUGGUACGCCUGCCGGACCGCUGGACGUCCCCAAAGCUUUAGCCGAGAACUGCGCUGGUGCGUUGCUCGAUGCCGGUAUCGACAUCGCAGUGUCUUACCGCAUGCAGGUUGACCACGCGUUCGCCCAACCCCUGGAGUCGCUGCUGGGCGGGUUGCAAGCCUGCCCGGUCAUUCCAGUUUUCAUUAACUCAGUUGCAGUCCCCCUGCCCCGCUUUAAGCGUGCCCGCUUGCUUGGCGAAGCCCUCGGACAGUGGGCACGUACUCUGAAUAAACGGGUGCUGUUUCUUGCCUCCGGCGGUUUGUCUCACCAACCGCCAGUGCCCGAGUUGGCCCAUGUGGACGCGACCAUGGCCGACUACUUGAUGGGCAGUGGCCGAAAUCUGUCGGCUGAUGAGCGUGAUGCACGCCAGAAACGCGUCAUUCAGGCCGCCCACCAUUUCAUUGAAGACCAGAACUGUCUGCACCCCCUCAAUCCGACGUGGGAUCAGCAGUUUCUUGACACCCUGGAGCAAGGGUGCCUGAGCAAUCUCGAUGCCCUGGGCAACGAUGAGCUGUCGGCCCUGGCCGGCAAGUCCACUCACGAGGUCAAGACGUGGGUCUGCGCCUUCGCCGCGCUAUCAGCCUUCGGUCCCUACGAGUGCGAGGGGCGCUACUACCGCCCUAUUCCUGAAUGGAUUGCCGGUUUCGCCGGUCUUGGCGCCCACCCCGUGAACAGUCACUUC